GGGAGGCGCCGUGGGGGCAGCGGGCGGCGGGGGGGACCCCGGCAGCAAGCGGGGACCCACCAGCCCCCAGCCCCCUCACCCUCCGCCCUCCCUCCCGCUGCGGCCCAGCAAAACGCAGGGGCUGCCCCCAAAACCGGCCGCCCCAAGAAGGCCGGGGAGGAGCCGGCGGUGAGGGGACCCGACGUGGACUCGCUGGGCUUCCAAGCCAUGGACCGCAACGUGCCGGGGCUGUCCCACGUCAUCCUCCAGAAGCUCAACAUGAAGAGCUAUGAGGACUACAAGUCUGCCAUGGACGGGAGGAAGAGCAGCAGCGAUUUCGGCAUCCGGACUUACUUCGACAUGUUCCAGAAGAUGGAAGACACCUUCAAGUUCUGCGCCGAGUGCAAGAAGCUCCCCGAUGCCCUCCCUGAUCCCAAAAGCCUCCGGCGAUGCAAGAGGUGCCAGAACGUGUACUACUGCGGCGUGGCAUGCCAGCGUGCCAACUGGCCACUGCACAAGAAGUUCUGCAAGAAACUGAAGCUGGUGGCCCUGGAUCGGCUGGUGGAGUGGCUCGUCUUCACAGGAGACAUCCCCUUCCCCACGGAGACCUGGACCAAACCCGCCCGGGCCGUGAAGGACUGGGAGGACUGGUUCUCCAUGCAGGAGCAGCUAGAGGAGAAGCUGGGGGCCAUCCUGGCCGGGCGGUACAUGACCCUCCUCUGGGCCAACGCCGGGAAGCCCCGGCCGGAGGACGGGGAGCUGCGCCAAUCCAUCCGGCGGCUGGUCACCGACUUCCACUCGCGGCCGCUCACCAUCGGCCUGGGGCUGCGGCUUUUCGGCAUCGACCCCCUCGCCAAGGUCCUCACCAUCCACGUGGUGGGAGCAUCCCACGUGGAGACCCUCAACACCCGCCUGACGGACUACGACGAGCUGACGCGGAUGUUCCCGGGGCACUGGGGCAUGGAGGUGGUGAUGGUGGGGGUGGACGUGGUCGACGGAGCCAUCAUGAGGCCCCCCCUGGCCACGCCGGCGCCCCGGGGAAGGGUCUACCUCAGCAGCUACAAGGGGCUCUACCACGACUUCUGGGAAAGCCACGUGGAGACCAAACUGGCCGCUCGCCCCGACCUGGUGGUGGGAUUCCACCCGGGUUUCCAUGCCUGCCCGGACCUGCUGGCAGGCUGGCUGCCCACCCUGCUGCUGCUGCGGGACUACCGCCUGCCCGUCCUCUUCACCGUCUACAGCGAGCAGGAGCUGAAGUCCUCCCUGCAGAUCCUGGUGGAGCUCGAGACCCACAUCGUGGGCUACGCCGCCAACCCCUUCGCUUCCCUCCGCCCCGAGCAGGUCUACUCCAGCCCCAACAAGGCCCCCGUUUACUGCAGCUCCUUCUACAUCGCCCUGCUGGGGCCAGCGACGGCCAUGGCCGUGCCGGGGGCCGAGGGGCUGGAGGAGGGGGAGCCCUGGGAGGAAGGGGAGCCCGGUGCCACCGGUGGGGCUGGGGACAUCCCCCAGCUGGGCUGAGCUGAGCCCCUGCAAACAGCACCCUCCUGCCCAACCUGACCCCCCCCAGCCCCUCACUGCCCUUCCUGAGACCCUGUAUCCUCACCCUGGGAUUUAGGGAUCCAGCCAUCCCUCCCCGGGGACACGGCACAGGGAUGGGACCCCCCCCCAAAACCGAAUAAACAGCCACCCACCGUG